AUGCCCGCGCAAGCCGACAAAGUGAAACAGCCGGGAGGAAAGUCAUUCUUCGGACGCAAGCUGUACAAGGACAAGGACAAGCCGACGGAGGAUCGAUAUGAUAAUUACGGAGGGUCUUACGAUAGCCUAGCUCCCCCGGCCAACAGUGCACCUGGCUCACGUUCUUCCCGCUAUUCUAAACGCUCGUCCACUCAAUCUUUCGACUUGAUGCACGACUUGGACCCAAACAGCCUCGCUCCAACCGCUGGCGUGAUCACUUCAAUUCCCUUUGACAGUCUCUCCGCAGAUAGGACCCCGAUUCCAAUCGACAACAUGACUCGCCCGGAUUCAUCGCGCCAGGAACCGUCGCCAAACCAUCUCGGCAAGACUGGAGCAGAUUACCAUCAAUAUCCAACGUGGACGUCUACCUCUGCCCCAAAUGGCUCCGGGCACCCAACUGGCCCUCGUCCACCUCCGCAUACAACUAUCAGUAGUAGUACCUCCGGUGACCGUGGCGCCAGAUAUCAACAAUGGGGUCGGCCAGGUAGCUCCGCGGCGAGCGGGCCAAACCAUAAUUCCGCUUCUAUUGAUUCCUCCUCGAAUUCUCGCACUUCCCUCGACCAAACCAGCAUUUACUCCUCCGUUUCUUCUAAUACUCGUGGAUCAUACUUCUCCUCCGAUGGCUCUUCCCGCACUCUCACAACCUCGCAUUCCGGAGAUCGCAACAAUAUCCUCCCUAGUUCCAGCUCUGGCCGAUUGUCAAAUGCAGGAUCCACGCAUCAGAUAUCAGGUCCUAUCCCAGUUGCAGUUCCUCGGCCACCGGAUAAUUAUCUCACCCGUCCGCGAGACGACCGCAUCGUGGAUCAGCUUUUUCUCGAACUGAUGCAGAAGCGAGGUUGGCAGAACCUUCCUGAACAGGCUAAAAGACAGAUGUUAUCGUACCCCGCAUCAAAGAAAUGGACUUUGGUACACCAGGAUCGCCUGACGGAAUUACAAGGAGAGCAAAAGAGACGACAGAAUGCACGGCAAACACAUGGGCAUGAUGGUUUGUCUGGCUUGCUGGAGCGCGCUGAUGAAGAGGGUAGCCCGGAGUGGUAUGUGAAAAAGGUCAUGGAUGAUACAAUUACCUCCAAGCAACUUGCAAGUUUGAGUGUCAGUCUGCGCACGCAGCCUAUCAGCUUCUGGUCCUGUUCCAGCCCCCCGACAGGCGAUAAAGAUUUAGACCGCGAAUAUGAUAUUGCCAAAUGUCUGAAAGGUCUCAUGAACAACAAGUAUGGUGCAGAUGACGCCCUAGAGCACCAGAAUGUGCUCGUGGCACUGGUCAGCUCGCUCUCCUCCCCGCGCCUCAAUACUCGGAAACUCGUCAGUGAAGUCCUCACCUUCCUGUGCCACUGGGGAGAUGGACAGGGCCACCAGAAGGUGCUACAAGCUAUGGACAAGGUCAAAAACGACCACAGUGAAACCGGCCGGUUUGACGCUUGGAUGCGUAUUGUCGAAGUGACAAUCGACGGCCGCGGAAAGAUGGGCAGUCUGGUCGGUGCCAGCGAAGAGUAUCGCAGCGGCGGCAUUGGCAUGGAAAACCUACUCAUGGAAUAUGCCGUCUCAACCAUGAUUCUGAUCAAUAUGCUCGUAGACGGCGCAGAGUCUGAUCUCCAGCUACGAUGCCACAUCCGGGCGCAGUUCACAUCAUGUGGAAUCAAGCGGCUCCUGACGAAGAUGGAGGGAUUCCAGUACGAGGUCAUCGACAAGCAAAUCGAGCGCUUCCGCGAGAAUGAGCUCAUCGACUACGAGGAUUUGCUACAGCGCGAGGGAAGUAGCAUGAAGGAUAGCAUCGAAGGGGAAGUCAAGGACAUGAGUGAUCCCAUGCAAAUCGUCGAUGCUAUCUCCUCCAAGAUUGGCGGCAGUCGUUCUCACGACUACUUCCUCUCAGCCAUGCAGCACAUGCUGCUCAUCCGGGAGAACUCCGGGGAGGAAGGCUUGCGUAUGUUCCAGCUUGUCGACGCGAUGCUGAGCUACGUGGCCAUGGACCGGCGACUGCCGGAUCUUGAUCUCCGCCAGGGCCUCACUUUCACUGUGCAGAGCCUGUUGGACCGGCUGCAUACCGAUGCGGAGGCGAGACGCGUGUACGAUGAGUCUCUUGAAGCUCGCCAGAUUGCUGAGGCCGCCAUCGCCGAGCGUGAUGAGAUGCGCGCGCAGAUCGAACUCGGUGCUGAGGGCCUGGUUCUGAAGUUGCAGAAGCAAAUCGAGGAGCAAGCCGCUAUCAUCGAAUUGCAGCAGCGACAGACGGAAUCUUUCAAGGCAGAAGUUUCUGAGGUGCAACGGCUGCGCGCUCAGGAACUACAGCGCAAUGAAUUGGAAACCAGAGAGCUGUACCUUAUGCUCCGUGAUGCUCAGGACAUUGCUGCUGCCAAUGCCCGCAAAGCUGCCAACCCUGAAGCCGCGGAGGCUGACCCGUCCCAGAUGCCUGGCAUCAUGGACCGGGAACGUCUCAUGGAGCGCUUGGAGCGUCAGCUCGAACGCACGAAGACACAGUUCAAGCUCGAGGGCAAGGUUUGGGGCCAGCACGGGCCUUCAGAUCGACUGCGUGAGUUGCGCGAGGAGAUGGAUGGCGAGGUCGAGGACAGUGAAGAGUUCGAGUCUGUUCGGAGAAAUCUAGACCCUGGUUCCUUGGGCUCUGUGCAUCGGAAGCGCAGUCAUGUUCCCGAGAUGGAUGCUGCUCUGGAAGACGAGGAACAUACCCCUGUGGAUAGCAAUGACGGAUCGAUAUACGAGAAGCCUCGCAUUGUGGAAAUGCAUCGUCCUCGGUUGGACCCAGCCCAGGCUAAUGGUCUGCUUGGCGAGAUUGCUUCUAAGGUUCCUAAGUUCGAUGCUGAGGAUACUGAUGAUGUUGCUCUUGGUGUUGUUGGCGAUCUGCCCCCGUCUGGAGAUAAGGCUACUACUAUCCCACUGCCUCCUCCCCCUCCCCCUCCAGGUGGCUUGGCCAUUCCUCCUCCUCCGCCUCCGCCUCCGCCUGGAGGCAUGGCUCUUCCACCCCCUCCACCUCCAGGGGGCGUUGCUACUCUCCCUCCACCGCCACCUCCUGGUGGAAAGGUCGGUCUGCCUCCUCCCCCCGCCGCCUGGGGGAAUGGCUCUCCCACCGCCACCGCCGCCAGGAGGUGCCAAAGGCGUCCCUGGGCUGCCGCCUCCCCUCCGCCUGGUGGAAAGGUUGGAAUGCCGCCUCCGCCGCCGCCUCCGGGUGGAAAGGUCGGAAUGCCUCCUCCUCCCCCUCCUCCAGGUGGUGUAGGAAUGGGACCUCCCCCUCCUCCGCCGCCAAAUUCUGGCUUGGGCUCAGGCUGGCGGCCAGCUUACAUGGCUGGAGAACUUUCGCCCUCUAUGAUUAACAUGCCUUCUAUCCGACCUAAGAAGAAGCUUAAGGCUCUGCAUUGGGACAAAGUCGAUACUCCUCAAGUGACCGUUUGGGCCACACACGCUCCAACAGCAGAGCAGAAGGAAGAGAAGUAUACCGAUCUUGCCAAGAAGGGUGUUUUGGACGAGGUCGAGCGAUUGUUCAUGGCCAAGGAAACCAAGAUCUUCGGAGCCAGCACUGCCGCCAAGCAGCGUUCAGCCAAGAAACAGAUCAUCUCUAACGAUCUAUCUAAGAACUUCCAAAUUGCUCUGUCCAAAUUCUCCCAAUUCCCCGCCGAAGAGGUCACUCGUAUGAUCAUCCAUUGUGACAAAGAUAUUCUGGACAACAUGGUUGUCAUGGAUUUCCUGCAGAGAGACGAAAUGUGCAAUAUCCCCGAGAACGUUGCCAAGUUGAUGGCGCCUUAUAGUGUGGAUUGGACUGGGCCUGGUGCGACCAGUACCGAUCGUGAACAGGAUCCCUCUGAGAUCACUCGCGAGGAUCAAAUCUAUCUUUAUACUGCCUUCGAGUUAAACCACUACUGGAAAGCAAGAAACAGAGCGCUUGCUUUGACCCGCUCCUACGAACCGGAGUAUGAGCAUCUCUCUUCCAAGCUGAAGGAGGUGGCGAGGGUCAGUGAGUCGUUGCGGGACUCCGUGUCUCUAAUGAACGUGCUCGGUCUCAUUCUUGAUAUUGGUAACUUCAUGAACGAUGCCAAUAAGCAGGCUCAAGGAUUCAAGCUCAGCUCCCUCGCCCGUCUGGGCAUGGUCAAGGAUGACAAGAACGAAACCACCUUUGCCGAUCUGGUCGAGCGAAUUGUUCGAAACCAGUACCCAGAGUGGGAAGGCUUCCUCGAUGAGAUUAGCGGUGUCAUCGGCCUGCAGAAGGUUAAUGUUGACCAGCUCCGUACCGACGCGACCAAGUACAUCAGCAAUGUCAAGAACGUGCAGUCGAGCUUGGAUGCCGGAAACCUCAGCGAUCCAAAGCGAUUCCACCCCCAGGAUCGGGUCAGCCAGGUCGUCCAGCGGUCUAUGAAGGACGCCAGACGCAAGUCAGAGCAGCUGCAACUUUACCUCGACGAGAUGGUCAAAGCCUACGAUGAUAUCAUGGUCUUCUACGGCGAAGACAACGCCGACGAGAAUGCCCGCCGAGAUUUCUUUGCCAAGCUUAGCGCAUUCCUCAUCGAAUGGAAGAAAUCCCGCGAGAAGAAUACCGCCCUGGAAGAAACGCGCAAACGCACGGAAGCAUCCCUCGCCCGCAAGCGCAUCAAUGCCAACCUCCCCAACAACAACAACCCAACCCCCGAAACCGCCAACUCCCCCGCCUCCAGCGGAGCAAUGGACUCACUCCUCGAGAAGCUCCGAGCUGCAGCCCCACAAGCCAAAGACCAACGCGACCGCCGCCGUCGCGCCCGCCUGAAGGAGCGACACAAUGUCCGCGUGGCAUCAGGCUCCAAGCCGCCAGCCGACACGGAAGAAGAAGAAAAGCCGGCCGAAGAAGACGAGCACGGUCUUCUCAGUCCCCCCGUUGCAGCAGAAGAAGAUAAACCGGAAGCGCAAGUCUCCGAAGGCGAAGACGUCGCCGAUCGUGCCGCAAGCAUGCUCCUCGGACUACGAAGUAACUCUGAAGCAGGCGGCGAACGGCAGCGGCGCAGACGCGAAAGCGCGGACGAAGAACGUCGCAAUCGUCGCAUGAGACGCCGCAAUCCUACAAGCGGUAGCAAAGACAGUGCUGAUGGGGGUCUUGCGACGGUCCCCGAACCGGACUCGCCCGAUGCCCAGCCUGAUGCCCAGCUUCCUAGUCCGCCGGGUGAGCAGGCUCCGCCUGAGAUCAUUGUCUCUGAACAGGAGGGUCAUUCGGAUUGA